AUGCAACCAACCGACGACACCAUGGAAAAGAAAGUGCGCGAUUAUGCGCAGGGUGCAGUGAAAUUCAUAAAAAAGAGCGGAAGUAACUUCCUGGCUUGUAAGAACCUGAGGGAGAAACUUGAAGAAAAGGGAUUCAAGCGAAUCCAAGAAGGAGAAAAAUGGGAUCUACGAAAAAAUGAAGGUUACGUAUUCAGUAAACAGAAUAGAAACAUAUGUGGCUUCUUCAUUGGGAAGGACUUUAAUAUGGAGAAAGGCUCCAUCCUCAUUUCCAUUGGCCACGUAGACACCUGUUGCUUGAAAAUAUCUCCUAACAACAACACCGUUAAAAGUAAGGUGAAUCAGUUAAAUGUGGAGUGCUACGGAUCUGGCUUGUGGCAUACGUGGUUUGAUCGUAGCUUAGGUUUGUCUGGUCAGGUAGUCUACAAGAAAGACGACAAGCUCGUGGAGAAACUCAUCCAGAUUAACAGAUCCAUUAUUUUCCUUCCCAGUCUUGCUAUCCACCUGCAGAACAGGACCAGGUUUGAAUUCUCAGUCAAAGUUAAUUUUGAGAACCACUUGAAGCCCAUCAUCUCCACCGUUCUGUAUGAUCAGUUGAUCAAAGGGAAAGAGAAGCAGAACACCGAUGCCUUUACAGAAGAUACUUUACAUGCGGAGAAAAUACAAGACAAAUGUCUGAAUGGAGAUGACGCCUCGCCCAGUUGCCUCUCCCAUCAGGAAAAUCCAAACUCCUCCCCACUCCUUUACACACUAGCGAAAGAGUUGCAGUGCGAAGAAAAAGAUAUCCUAGACUUCGAGUUGUGCUUAAUGGAUGUAAAUGAACCCUGCUUCACGGGGGCUUAUGAGGAAUUCAUCGAAGGGGCGAGGUUUGAUAAUUUGCUAGGUUCGUAUUGCGUCUUUGAGGCCUUCGCGGAGAUGAUAGAUAUGCUAAAGGGGAAAACACCACCUUCAGAUGGAGCAGUCCUCCCCCCUGAGGCACACGCAAACCUGUACAUCUGCAUUGGCUACGACCAUGAAGAAAUAGGCUCCCUCAGCGAAGUCGGUGCGCAGUCUUACUUUACGCAAAAUUUCAUCAAACGAAUUUUAACAGCCAUUUCAUCUUCCCAAGUAGGGCAGAACACACACCCCUCUUCUCCUACUUCUAUCGACGAGCUCUAUGGAAGUCUCAUGAGCAGGUCUCUCAUACUCAACGUGGACAUGGCACACUGCAGUCACCCCAACUACCCAGAAACAGUGCAGGCUAACCACCAGUUAUUUUUUCACGAAGGAAUUGCUAUCAAGUACAAUACAAAUAGAAACUACGCCACCUCGCCCUAUUACACAUGUCUACUAAAGAGGACCUUCGAAUUGUUCACUUCCAAGUUCAAUGAAAAAAUAAAGUACCAGAACUUCAUGGUGAAGAAUGACACCCCCUGUGGUAGCACUGUGGGUUCUAUGGUUGCUUCGAACCUUUCCAUGCCGGGUGUUGAUAUUGGCAUUCCUCAGCUAGCCAUGCAUUCGAUAAGAGAGAUAGCCGCUGUGAGGGAUAUCUACUACCUGGUCAAGGGUAUCUUGGCCUUCUACACCUACUACAGUCAUGUGCAUGCCUCCUGUGUACCCGAUGAGUAG